AGGCAUAGAAGAAAGCCAUGACAUGAGUUUUUAAGACUAAUUUGCUUUAUUUUGUUGCCUACGAUAAGUUUUCUGCAAGCUAGUAAAAAAAUAUUUUUGGUUACCAUGGCAACGCAACGUAGCAUCUUUCAGUCUUGCUCCAAUUUGAAGCCCGAAAGUCCAUCCAAUUCCUAGAAUUUCCUCAGUAUUUUCAAGAGGAAGCUAUAUGACCCCUUACAUGAAGUAUAGCUAGUCGGAGGUGGCGUGGGAUUGAAAGCUGGCGUGUUUUCAACUGUGGAGAUACUGUGAGAGCGAGAUUCGAGUUUUAUAUCAGCGAAGUUUUUGUCUAAAAUGCCAGGAGGGAAGAAGAAUACUGUAUAUAGAAGAAAGCGGAAAGGAAAGCCUUUUACUGGAGUGCAGAGAUACGCAAGGAAAGCGAAGAAAAUGCCGCGUGCGGAUAGAGAAGUCACAAACUCAGCAUCGAGUUCCUCGUGUGAUGAGGCUCUGUCAGAUGCCGAAAGUGCUUCCAUCAGUGCUUCGAGACUCAAAAUGAGACCAGAAGAUUCACCAGAUAGUUCAUCAAAGAUUUCUGAUGUAAAUGAUUUUCAGGGAGAGGGAUACAGACUUGUAGACCUCAAGAAAUUAUAUGCCACGUUGUCUGAAGCACAUGUGUGCGAGGAAGGGAGUUUAACUCUGAAGGAGAAUUCUUCUGGGAGAAAUGGGCUAAUGGCAGACCUCUCUGUGGAGUGUAGCUCCUGCCUUGAAGCUUCUACUGUGUGCCAUUUUCAUAGUGGAGCUGCCAGCAGAGCAAGAAUAAUGCAGAGACUGGUAAUUCCAGCAGGGGAGUACACUCAGAAGGCCUCAGAAGAAAAGGACAAGAGGCGGUUGAGAAAAUCGGACCUUCAGACCUCUGCUAAAGAAAAGAAGCGCCGGCAAGGAGAGCAAAUGAGGCGCACACGCAGAGAAGAUGCCCUACGGGAGGCUGAUGGUGAUACCUAUGAACCUGGAGGCUUCUAA